AUCAACUAAUGAAGCUGGUCUGGCUUGCGCCUUAUGUAAAAAGUAAAGAAAUCAAUAAUGCUUAUCGAUCAGCGUGAAUGUGUUAUAGAUAGAUGAUAUAUAGAUAAUAGAGUUAUAAAAUUACCGAACCAAUCACAGCGAAGAUGACAUUAAGCGCCGUUCUCACAGCUACCUGUCGACUUCCGGUUGUCAUUGGUUCUGUUGGUGAAAAUGUAUAAAUAAAACGGGUCAAAUUUUCUGUCAAACUGGCUGUCAGUGAACUUGAUAUUCCACAUACAUACGUACUAUAUAUAAAUUAGCCAGUGAACCAUUUGGAAAUUCUCGUAAUGAUUGAAAACAACAGAAAAAUAGCAGCCAAAAUAAAGCUGUUGUACCCUUAGCUCUGUACAGUGCUAUAUAUAUCAUAAGGGUACAUUCCGAGCUUCGAGGAAACGGGUGACAAUCGGCGGUGGUCUGCUUAUUAUUGCAUACAUUUGGCUGUAACAACAAACGGGAGAAUGAAUAAUAAUAAUAUAAGAAGACACUGAACGAGAAACUCUGCGUAAACAACGACCCAGUGAGAAAAAAUCCAGCUUCGAACGAGCGAAUUACAAAGGAAAAAAGAGAAAAAAAGUGUGAUAAUUAAUUCAUCAUCUGUAUUUAAACGAAGAGAAAGUAAUCACAGCAACAACAAUUUGACUGAGUGAUCAUAUAUUCUUAUAUGCCAUUCAUUGCAUCCAGUUUUUUGGAUAGAUAUAUAUGGGAUCACAAGAAAUUAUGGCAAGCAAACGUUGUCUUCUGCCGAACCUAAACACUUUAAUUAGUGUUUACAUAAUGGAAAACUAAAAAUUAAUCGACGGAGAAGUUAUCUUUUGUCAAACCAGUUUUGAUUCUAGAUGCUGGUUGCAGUUUGUGUUUACCAUGUCUGAGGAUAAAGAAAAAUACUUCAGUCCAGAAUGGUGUAUGGUGGACGAUCAAGGCCAAAGAUACAUGUUGCCAAAGACAAUGAUAUUUAUGGGUCAUGAAGAAUGUGAUUUUAUAAUAGAGGGUAGCAGUGUAGAUAAGCGGCAUGCUGUGGUAACUUUCGAUCACUAUCUCAACAAAUUUAAGAUAAAGGAUUUAAGUACCAUUCAUGGGACUUUCAUAAAUGAUGUACGAAUUCCCGAACAAGAAUAUAUAACAUUGGAAGAAAAAUAUACAAUACGCCUUGGAUAUUCUCAGUCAGUAUAUUAUAUAGAACAGGUAUUUGAUACUCCAUAUAAUGUUGAAGAGGAGAACGGUUCCCCUGAUAGAAUAACUACAUGGCCUUCAAAUUCUCAUGAAACAAUGGAAGAAGUUGAUCUUGCCUAUUAUGGAAUGUCAUUUAAUCCAUAUAGUUAUAAUCUGGAAACUGUAAAUCAAGAGGCACCGAAUCAUGAAGAAUUUGAAGAGCAGCAAAGGAGCAAUGGAAAUCUUCAGCAGAAUUACGAGAGCAGCUAUAAUGGAUACAUAUCAAACGAUCCCAAUCAUACGUGGCCUAGAAAGAGGCGUCCAAAAAGCUGGACAUCUCAGUCAAAUUAUAGUUCUCAGCAUACUGAGGAGAAGAAAAGAUCUUCUUACCAUGUAGAGUCCACUGUUGAUGCUGAGCAGGACUAUCUCAACAGUAUUCCACCGUCCAUAAUGAAGCCUUCACAUUCUACUCUUGGAAAUUUACAAAGCCAAAAUAAUAACGUUUCAUACACAAAAAGUGACUUUGUUUCUAUGGAGGGUGUACCAUCAGCUCCUGAAAAGACACAACCACCAGUGAGUCACAACCAGAUUUCAGUGAAAUCUCCUUCAUACUCUGAGGCUGGUGGAGCAAAUGAAAAUAAUACCUACCGAACUAGAAAUGAUAUAACUAGAAUUAAAAAGGUUACACCGCUUUAUGGUCAACCUUCCUGGUGGGGAGAACCAGACAUAGUUGAGAAUGACCCAGUGGAUUCUUCAAACAGCUCUCAAAACCAAAAGAAGAAAUGCAAUGAUAGUGAAACAUCUGAUAAACCCACAAAACCUGGAAAUUUAGCAGUGUACAAUAUUCAAACUGAUACAUCACAUAAUCUAGAAAAAUAUAAAAACGACCCAAAAUACGCCUGUACAUAUAUGGAGAUUUCUCACAGAGAUUUUGAACUGGAAAAUAAUAGCGCUUGUCGUGGAAGCCUUUCGUCGUCUAUAUCCAAAGAUAGUCUAGUGUCACAUGAUAGUCGAAAGGGAUCACUUGAAAUUUCAAGUGACCAUGGUAAGAAACAAUCUUCAUCGGAAAGAGAGUUAUCAGUGGAGAAGACAGAACCAGUCAAUAAAGUUGCAGAUGCAGGUGGAACAGCUUUUACCGUUGAAAUUGGUGAACAAAAACCAAGGAAAUGGAAUAGUUUAAGUGAAUUUAUGCCAUCCAAAAUUCGGCGGAGUUUCCGAGAACGAUCUGAACGGGCAAUGAAACAGUCUACUAAAGAUGGUACAGCACCAAAAUUUGUGGAAGCUGAUUCUCCCCCUGAUCAAGCAAAAGAUGGAGAAAUUUUGGGAGAAAAGGGGAAAGCAAAAACACCUAAAGCUAGUCAAUCCAGUGAAGGCGAAGAAGAAAAUCAUACAAAAGCAAAGAAAGAUGCAAAUUUGAAAAACAACAAAAUUUCUCCGUCAUCUUUCCCAACCUAUAAGCCUGCGAGUCAUCAGAAUGACAAUGAAGAGAUUUCGCCACCAACAUGUUCUGGUGCUGCAUCAUUCCUUAUCAACAAGAUGUUUCAAGGCAGUAAUUGCCCAGCCAACGUCAAUCCUGCAUCGACAUCUCCUCCUUCUGAUUAUUGCCUCAUUCCUGGUAGUGGAGCUCCUGCAUCAUCUGGGAAAUUCUUUGACCCGUCAACAGAACAAGAUCGCUACUACGAUCAGAAAAAUUUGAACGGAAACAAAUACUGUGAAACGACAGAUAAAACUUGUACAGACAGUUCUCCCGAAGCUCAAGAUCUCGAAGCAAUAGAAGAUAAACUCAGCGAAGCUGGAACGUACACUAUUGAAGGUGACCAAGAAGCUAAAGAGGAAGAAGAAUUGGCCAGGAAAAGAAUUGACAAUGUGUUUGGUGUUGGCCAAAAUAUACAAAGACCUAUAAUAGUUGAAUUUAAUCACUUAGAACAGGACUCUUCUACAUUAGGAAAAGAAUCUAGUGAAAUGAAUCAUGUUGGAAAAUUUUUAGAGGAUUCAAAGUUUUAUUUAAAUAACGGUAGUAAUAAUAAUUGUUCUCCAGAAGCAGAUGUAGAUCAAAUGGAAGAUAUAGAAAAUUUAAAAGAUGUCUCACCAGAAUCAAAUACAUGUGAUAUAAUUCCACAAAACUCAGAGAAGACAUUGGCAGAAUCUGAAUUUAAACCACAAUCUGAGUCAAGUGGAUCAUCUCCAUUGGUAUCCAAGCCUCCUUUGGGAUGUCCAAGAAAACGAGCGGGUACAGGAAGAAAACUGCCUUCAUUACCCGCUGAAUCUGGAGUGCCUCCAAGCAGCAAACCUCAAAAGCAAACUACUACUCAAAAGAAAGAGGAGAAAUGGGCCUCCUCUGAUGUUAGCAAGAAACAAAAAUCGUUUUUAACUUCGAAUCAGAGCAAUGGUGGUAAUAGAACUACAAGAAGUAAAGUUGACACAGACCAUGAUACGGGUAGAUUGUUAAAAGAUACAGAAACUGCCAUGGCUGCUCUGGAAGCUAGAGUGUCGAAUCCUAGCAUAUCACAAGGCACUGAUGGGUCUGAGUCAGAUGUUUCCUCUAAUACAAACUAUAAUUUUAGCAAAAACAGUGCACUUCGCUCUAGCAACAGGAGCCUUUCAGAUCAGCCCAGUAGUCGAAAAUCGUCAUUCUCUGAUAAUGCAAAACCAAAAGCUUCAUCCAAAAAUAUAAUAAAUUCCAAAGAGAGGAACCCUCCAAUUCAAAGAAAUUAUUCUAAGGGAAGUGAGAAAGGGUCAAUAAGUUCAGAUAUUACAAGUGAAUCUGAAGCCCUUGAAACUAUGAGCAAUAACUCUGACUUUAGUUUGGAAUGUGGUAGUGAAGGAGAUGGUUAUAACCGCCGUGGCUCCAAAGGUAAAGGUGGCAUUUCUAUGACCAGACCAAACAGAGCAUUCCAACUUAGACAAGCAAAAGCUCGUGGUGCUGAGGUAGUGGAUAAACCCCCACCUCAUUCUGGGAGUGGUAGGGGAACAUCAUUAAGUAGUACAGUUUCUAAAGCUAGUAUGGUUAAAGGUAAGGUUAAAAGAGUCAAUUCUGUAAAUUUGCCUGCGGAAAGAUUAUCAGAAACUCAAAGGAGUACUGGUCUUAGCACAGAAUCCAUCCACAAAAGUUAUGAAAACAUUAAAGGGAGUUCAAAUUUCAUGAGAACUGAUGGUGGACGGUACAGUCUUAGAGUCAGACGGUCUGCUUCUACUUCGACUCCAAGAAACUCCAAUGAAUCGCGUAUAAGAUCAGAUUUAAAAUCAGCCAAAUCACAGCUGAAAGCUGCACAUAGCACACCCGGACUGAAUAUUGUCAGCCUUUCUAGUAAAAGUAAUUCACAGCCGACUAGUCGUUCAAAUUCUCCAAGAUCUGUUGAUAAAAGUAAUCUGAAGCGACGUAAAGAAUUUAACCAACGACAGCAGAAAUCUUCAACGGGCAAUUUGAGUUCAGGAUCUUCUACCGACACGAAAAACACAAAAAUUCAAGUGUCAGCAUCUAAAGCUGAAUGUUCUGAAGUGUCAAUAAAUAGUCGAAUGAUUCGAUCUGCAUCUUUGGAGUUGUCUAAAUACAAGAACUCUGUAGAUGCAGUCUCUUCACAAAAAAGUUCAUCUAGAUCGUAUCGAGAUGUAUCCAAUAUUGGUGAAGAUCGUAUUAAAAGUGGUUUUGUACCUUACAGUGGACUAGGAACAUUCCAAAGUUGCCUUCGCCAUCCAGACGAAUUUGAUUAUGGAAAUGAAGAGAGGUUACUACUUCCGAAAUCUAUGCAGGAAACUCUACCGUUGGUUAUUGCACUGUCACCAGUGCAUUUAUAUAAACUAUUAGGUUCACAGCUUUCCACGGAUAUGAGCCUGAAUGAAAGGUCAUAUGACAAUAUUAUUAUUUCCUCUAUUUAUCAACUGUCGUUGAAACUGAAAACUGCUACAGAUAGGACUAUUCAAAAAUUGAGGUUUGUUGUUUUUGUUUAUAUAUUUCUUUCUCAACUUCUUAAUUCAGUUUAAAUGAUGAGAGAAAAUUGCCAUCAGAUUUCAAAGUGUGAUUGAGUGACACUCACACACAUAUCCAUUUAAUGGCUUUGUUGUAUAUUUGUUACUUGUGAAACUGUCCCACCCAUGCUAGCAUGGAAGGCGGACGUUUGAUGAUGAUGGCCACAAGAAGAUUUCUUAUGAUUGGGUCCCCUUCCUAUUGCCAACCCUCAUCUACCUCAAUGAAUAGUGUAUGACCCAUUCAGGCCUGGAAAAAUAAAUGUUAAAAUAGUGGAUGAUGAUGGCAAUAAUUAAUCAUU